AUGAAAGUUCCACAUGUUAUUGCCGAACUCGUUUCCGAAUUCUCCGGAUUUCAACACACUCCUGAUUUCAAAGCAUCUCGGUCAACUGGAAACUUUGAGGAAGAAUCAGAAGAAGGCACGUCUUCAACCUCUUCUCAUUCACAUCCUGAGCCUCACUCCGAACAUCAUGGACAUUCCCUGUACUUUGGAAAACAUUUUGGUAAAAAACAUUUGCCCCCUGUAGACGAGAAGGAUAAUGACACUCAUUCUACUCACAGCGGACAAUCUGGUGGUUCUGGAUCCGUUUCCGGGUCAGGAUCUUGCUCUAAAGGAAAACAUCACGGACUGUCAGUUCAUUUCAAAGAAUUCUUCCACAUCGGUCAUCACCAUCAUCAUCAUCACGAUGAGGAUCAUCCACACUCGAAAACCAAUUCUGGAGCAUCUACUCCAGCAAGAAAAAACUCAACUGGAAGUCAAUGUCCAUGCCAUAAACAUUCUAUUAACAUCACAGUUGGAGCGGACGAAGUCCCAACUGUAUUGGCUACUCCACCAAACGAAUUGAACACAGUUCACACUCAUUUCUUGAAAAACCAGUCACCCUGCAUUUCUCGUGUCGUCAGUUCAAGUUCAUUGAAGGAAAAACUCAAUAAAAUAAAACGAACCACGAGCUCGGAUAGCGAAGCUGAUUUUCCAGAGAAGAAGUGUUCAGUUGCAUCGUAUCGAGUUGUGACCCAUUAG